AUGGAGCGAGCCAGGUCAGCAGUGGGUGGCUGCCUGCAGCCAGCUGGGGCCCCCGUGACAUCUCUUCCUCAGAUAUUAAAAUCUGCAGGAAUUGAGAAUGCAAGUCCUGGAGCCUUUUGUUUUGGAGAAGAGUAUGGGACACCCUUAGCCGUCCGGUCUUUACACAGUAUUCUGUCUGUGUCCUAUCGUGAUACGCCCGUCCUAGCCAGCCCGCCCCAUGGUUUCCGCAGUCAGGUCCAGUUGCGGCUGGCUUUUGUCCCCCCGGGGCGGUGUCAUGGCUGUGCAGAGGGUGGUGGCCGAAUGGCCAGAGUCAAGAGGUGGCCUCGGUGGAUAGAGGACCAGACAGAGUGCUGGUGGAGGGAGAGGCAACGAGGUGAUGAUGCACCUAAAGAUGGCGGCUGCUGCAGUGGUGCAGGUUUGCGCAGACGCAGGGCUGCAGGCAACUCCCCCUCCUCACCUUGCAGUAGUGCUGGGCAGGGCCAGACCUCUGCAGCUUUUGCCUGUCUGAAAUUUCGCAGUCCCUUUUUCAAAGCUCCACAGGGCAGCUUACAUCUGAGACGGACUACAGAACAGCACGUGCCAGAGGUGGAAGUCCAAGUUAAACGUAGAAGGUCAGCCUCACUAAGCAUCCAAGAGUGUCAGUUGUACCCAAGACGAUCCCAGCAGCAAGUACCUGUGGUGGAUUUCCAGGCUGAAUUGAGACAGGCGUUCUUGUCUGAGACCCCAAGAGGUGGUUAA